ACAAUUUCUUCCUAUUCUAUAGAAGAAAAUAUAUGGGUUUGAAAGGCAAGUUGGUUGCUUCAAUAGAGGUGAAAUGUAGAGGACACUUAUUUCAUGACCUUUAUCAAACCAAACCUCGUCAUAUAUGCAACAUAAGCCCUGAUAAGAUCCACCAUUUUAAUAUUCAUAAAGGAGAAAGUCUAAAGGCUGGUUCAGUAAUUGGCUGGAAAUUUAACCACGAUGGAAAAGUCAAGGUUACUAAGCAACUGAUUGAAGCCAUUGAUGAUGAGAACAAAUCAUUCACUUGGAAAGUGAUAGGAGGAGAUACCUUGGAAUUGUAUAAUUCGUUCACUAUAACUGCAUCCUUUGAAAAUGAUUGGGCUACAUGGACAUUUGUGUACGAAAAGAAAACCGAAGACACACCAGAACCUCUCACUCUCUUGGGUUUUGUCCUCGAUGUGACCAAGGAUAUAGAGGCUCAUCUUCUCAAGUAGUAGAAGAUCUAUAAAUAAGUAUGUUUAUGUGUUGAAUAUUCAACAAUAUUGACUAGUCUUGGUAUGUAAA